AUGGUUCACACACGUCCAACCAAUGCGUCAAAGAGGCCUGCUCAGGUAGUUUUGGACAUGAAACAGAAGAGGCGUACUGCAGCUCAGGUUAAAGAAGAUCAGGCGUGCACUGAGAAGGAGCAAGAGGAACAAGACCAGAAGGCAAAGCAAGCCAUCGUGCAAGUGGCUGCCGCUCAGCAGAAAGCUGCCAUUCAGCAGGAGAACACAGUAUCUUCAAAGAAGCCACGACCCCGCCCAACUGGCAAAGGCGCUGCAGCGACAUCUUCUCACGCUCAUGUUGUUGCAGUCGAUGAUGACGAAGACGAAGACUCUCAAGUCCUGGGACAGAGGAAACACAUCCAGAAGACUGAUCACCGCAAUGCUGUCAAUGCAGUCCAAACUGCAAUGCAGCCAUCUCACCCACGUGCACCAGAUGCUGCCACAAAUGGAAACAAGCUGACAUGGAUUGAGUCUACCCCAUUCAAGGCGCCAUUGCACUUAGAAACUCCCCCUGUGACACCCAAAAGCUCUGUGUUCAAUGACGAUGUUGAAAUUGAAGAUCACACACCAGACUCAGCUGAGGGGCCCAAGCGCUUAGCGGUGUAUACUCUUGCAAAGAUGGGUAAACCAAAGUGCAUCCAGAAAUUGAUGGAUGUGAUUGAAGUCGAGGAUGUUUCCCGACCUCUAACUCCACCAAUUCCUUCGCAAAUGAGGCUCCUUCAACAUGGUUUGGGUAGCACACGUCCCCAUAUCACUCGGUCUGAACCAAAGGAUGUUGUGGUGGACCCUGAGGGCCAGGAGGACUCUAUCAUGAUUGCGGAUGAUGCUGAUGAUUUUGAUCUUGAAGACUAUGAUGCCAGCACUGCCAUGAGGAACACAGUUGUGGAUAAUGCUCCUCCACCCAAGUGUAUCAAACGAGAGGCAGAAGGUGAUGUGAUUGCUGGAGAGGCCUUGAGGGCAAAAUACAAGAAUAGCGACCUUCCUCCUGGCUGCUUGGACCGAAAUUUAUGGAGCAGGGUGUUUAUCCCCACAGUGGCACAUGCAGCUGGUGGCGAGAAUGCCCACCCUUGGUUGAUUGAGGACGAUGUACUCAUCCCGAUUCUCACUAAGGUGUGGAACAUCGUUUAUGCACACAAUCCAUCCCUCAUGAAAUACCAAAUUGUACCUGGUGGUGCCGUCUAUCAUGUGGUUAAACAAUGCCCCAGUGAAUGGCAUGGAGGGUUUGGAUCUGCCGCUGUCAUGAUCAUUAUGAGUCUCAUGGCUUCUGACACUACAUACGAAACUGACCAAGAGCAUACCAAGUUUGCCAAGUUCUGGCUCGAAGACAACCACUUCAUUUUCUCAGAUGUUAGCUCUGAUGACCCAGAGGUGAUAACACUAAGACAAUCUCAGCAGAUGUAA